AUGCGAUCAAGUUCUAGUAUAUUUAUUUGUGAAUUUGCUAAUUCUAUGCAAAAAAAAUUUAAUAAUUACUGGAAAGAUACAAAUAUUUUAUAUGCAAUUGCAUGUAUACUUGAUCCAUCUUACAAAUUAGAAUGGUUCAGAUACUAUUAUGAACAAAAAGAAAAAUUGUCACAAGAAGAAACUGAAAAGAUUGUAAUUAAUUUACAAACAAGAUUUGAAGAAACUUAUAUCAAAUUUUAUUAUAAACAUUCAUAUACUAAUACCUCUAUUGAAAGGAUUACAAGCACCUCACCUGAUUUAGAUUACCAAUCUGAUGAAGAUUACUGUCAAUAUGCAUCUAAAUAA